AUGGGGGAUCCUGACGCGAAACAAAACAUGUUGGCUGCUGAGGCAUGGCUGCGAUGCCAACAGACGUACAUCUGGGUGUACGAGGCGCACAGUGCGGCGCACAUCAUGCACAGGACUCCGCUCGUCAGAUGGUCGCUGGGCGAUGCGGACGGGCGUUGUGUUGGCGCGGCCGUGUGGUUCUCGGAAGGUCAUCUGGUGCGCGUGGCUCGAGGCUGGCGCGGCAUGGACGGUGCGGAAGGAGUGCGCGAGGAUGCUCCGUGGUUGCGGGUUGCUGCCGGUGGUCGCGAUGUUGCGGGGCCACAGAGCAUCGCCGCCUUGCAAGAGGUCAACGCAAGCGCGGGCGGAGAGGGCCAGCGCACCCGCGUGGACGCGGUAAUGCCCGUGCUUCCAGGCCUGCGCAACCCCCAGUGGUAUUGUUUCAUGAACGCGCCACUGCAAGCGUUUUUCGCUCUCCCAGCAGGUCGGCAGGCGUUGCGCACUGUGCCGCGGGGCAGCCCUGCAGAUUGGGCUGGAUGGCAUUUUGCGGAGCGCCACAGCGCAGAGCAGAGGUCUGGGAGGACGCCAGAUUUUGACAGGCUGUUGGCGCACACGAUGUGGGAGAUGGAGUGCAGUGGUGGGUCGAGGCCUAUCCUGCUAGACGCGAUACCGCGCGUCUUCUAUGAUCGCACUCAGCAAGACGCUGGAGAGUUUUUGCAGGAAGUAUUGAACGAUGAGCGGGCGCCCGUUGUGAGUGAGCUGUUCCGGAUGAAGAAAGAGUGGCAGCUGACGCGGGCGCCGCAGUGUUUGUGGGUCCAACUGGUCGCGCAGGAAUACGAUGCAGCGUCCGGGAGGGUGAUGAAGGUUCCUCAUGCGGUGGUGCCCAAUCAGAAGCUGCGCCUCAGCGGGCACGAGUACACUCUGGUGAGCUGUGUGUUCCACCACGGCGCAGGGUUCCACACUGGCCACUACAACGCCUGCUGCCGGACAUCGCAUGGCGGCAGAACGCGGUGGGAGAUGCGUGAUGACGGCGAAGUAUGGCGGAGCGUGGCGCCGUCUGACGCGCGUGGAUGGAAGACUGCUGCCGACUCGUCGGUGCACAUACUGAUGUACGCGCGCGUGGCCGCGAUCCCCGAGCCGGAGAGAGGACGUUCGUCGGCGACGUCGGAGGAGAAGCGCCCUGGGGGGCGGGUCAUGCAGGGCGUCGCCGCUCGGAAAGGUCGCGCUCCAGCGGUGCACAUCCUGCCCUGUGAUCUCGUGGCACCAGUGCGGGUCAUCAGGGAGUCGGACAUCCGCGCACUGCGUAUGUUGCUGAGUCCGUGCGAGAAGCCGGAUGCGUGGGACGUUCCCGGACUGGAGUUCAUGCCGGGAGAGCUGCGCGCUCAACUAUGGAAAGCGUGGGGCGACACAGGAAGUAUCCUGCGAGUCAUGCAAGAAGCGUGGGUUCGUGCCUGGCAGGGAUGGGAGGAGUCAUGGGACGCUCUGGCAGGCGCCCCCGACGCAGAGGAUAGGUGCCGCGUCGUGGAGGAACGGACGUGCAAGUUCAUGGAAUUUUUGAUGGGGGAAGUAGUGUUCGAGGCGAAGACGGACGAGGAACGCGGAGCCGAGAUGACGCGAGAUGGCCGCUGUGUGGGCGCAUCGCUUGCGCACGGGGUCAACGCUAGCCUAGCGGACAGUAUAUUCCAGUUUGUGACGAACGCCGGGUGGUGUGGCCAUGCCUUGGCGUCCGCUGAGGAGCGCCGCGGCGCAUGUGAAGCGUGCCUGCGGUAUUUGCGGAACGUCGAGGAUGCGUGGUUGAAUCUGGCAUCGCACGGUGGAGAGCUAAGCGUUGCCGCUCAUGCAGGCGAGAUCGUGAGGUUUGCGUUGGCCCGCCAAGGCAUGCACAGAGACAUGCGGUGCGGCAGUGGCACGUGGCACUCGGAGAACACGGUCAUGCGGCUGGUACCCCUGGACGACGCCUUGGAGAAGAUCCAAAUGCAGAAGGCGGCGACGCCCGUGCCAAAGCCCGACGGGCUACGUGAGGCUGGAGAGAUUUUGGAGACCACGAAGGCGAACGCUGUGGUGUGUGAGAAGAGCAGUUUCGACGAGGGAGACAUCAAUGCGCAGCGGAUUGAGGCCGUGCGGACCUUCGUGCAACGGCUGGAUGAGGAGUGCGCGCAUGGCGGGGCCGACGACACGCCGAACUCCAGCGAGGACGAGGAAGGCGGCGGGAAGGCAGAACGGGCAGGUAAACGCGGUUGCGUCCGCGAGGGAGCGGCCUCGGGCGCGAAUGAGGCGGCCCGAGAAGCAGUGGAGCGCGACAUGCUGACUCAGGCCGGGCGCGAAAGGACGUGGUUCACGUAUGUGUCCGCGAACGCAUCAGGCGAGGUCGAACAACUCACUCCCGCGGAAAUCGCGGAAGGAGCGAAGCAGAUUUAUCGCGCGCUCGACGGGAAGUACGUAGACGUCAACAACAGGAAACAGAAAGUAAACGGCGACAUGACCAAAGUGCGGCACGUGCCAACGUUGGGGAAAGCCGCCCAUAAGCUGCUGACGCACAUAGAGCACACUUCGCGGCGACUGUCUGGGACGCAGGAAGCGCGUCGAGUCAUGCGAUUUGAGACGAACGCGCUGCGAGUGCGGUACGGCGUCCCCAUAUUCGUAACCUUCUCGCCCGACGAAGGUCACAAUCUGCUCAUGGUGAGACUCUCGCGCACUCAACGGCAGGACCCCGUGCACAAGGCAGCAGAUGAUGAAGCGCAUUCGCGGCUGGCGGGGGGUCGGGGCUGGCCGCGCGUAGCCCCCGACAUGGACGGGCUGCAGAUGGACCUGCCAAUGGCCACGGGGGAGGCAGGAGUGCCGCCAUGGAACGAGCGCAGACGAAUUCUUGCGAGAGAUCCCAUGGCCAGCGUGGACGGCUUCCGUAUCCUGGUGGACGCCACGCUCC